AUGAUGCAAAUUGAUCUUGGAAAUUACAACAGCCUCUGGACUCUAAUUUAUGUAUUUUUGGUCAAUUUCUUUUGGCACAGCGCGGAAAAAAGCAACAUAGGAAACGUAGUUAGUGACAGCCUUAGUCCCCUCAGCUAUGGCAUGCUUCCCGAGCUCCCCGGGCAGGACAAGCUUGACUGCCGCCUGAAUCUCCCUGGACGACAUCGUUUUCCGGCCGGCGUGCCCCUGCAGCCGCGCCGCCUCCUCCGCCAGCCGCUCGAACAUGUCCACCAUCAGGUUGUUCACCACCGUCAUUGCCUUUGA